AUGUGGGUGGUGAAUACCAAUACUGGCCAAGGUGAGUAUCAGCCAUUACCGACGGAAAAUUCCCCACGGCACACCAUCCCCACAAAGUCGACAAAUGUCCCCACCCGUCCAAAUGUCCGGAAGUUCAUCAACAUGCCUCCAAGAGUAAGGGGAAGAGGCAAGGGUCCCAUGCGAGGGGGACCGUCGACAGCAGGACCAUCUCAUAGUCGCACUCCAUCGGCGUCCUUUUCUACCUCUGACUCUCACGAUCUGUGGGGUCAACCUUUUGAGCCAGCAAGACAUUCUGUCUCUCUAAGCUCAUCGCCUUCUUUCCACCCGUCCUUUGGGCCACUUGUUCCUGAUGAACCCCAACACUCACACCACUCUCAGCAAUCUCAUCAUUCUCUCGAGUCUUACCAGUCGCACCACUCUUUGCAAUCCCAUUCGUUCCACCAUUCUGAUUCCCUCUACUCCCCGGGGCAAUUUAACCCGAACGAUUAUGUUAACGAUUUUCUUGGUUACAACCCUUUGGGCCCUGAGGACCAUUUUUCUCAGGAGAUGGAAGCGGACGAUGAUCCAGAUCCGGAGAUGCGGACCGGAACGCCGGGCCACCUAAUAAGCAUAUCAAGCGGAUCUCCUUUUCAGGGAUCACCUUACCAUGGGCCCGACUCGUUCCACGAGAAAAUGGCCACAUAUGAUUGGUUCUUUACCCCAUCAUACCACAGCUCUCCAGCCCAACCACCUUUGGUUGAACCCCAACUCCAAGCUGUUUCACCACCGCUACUUCCUGUAGAGGAGCCACCGCAGCCACCUCCCGAGCCUCCGAGGCAAAGGAGGAACGCACAUAUGUCCGUGCGGGGAGGACCUCGUUUCAGUUCUCCCCAGGGUUCGAAUUCUUAUCCCUCUAUUCCGGAGGACCCCCAGAUGGGUGGGCCCUCGAAUGCGGCGCCGGAGAUUGAACCUCCGCCAGCUUCUUAUGCACCACCUCAGCCGCCUAUGGGUUUUGAUAACCCAAUCCCGACCUACUCAGGUUCUUCUGGGUAUAAUCCUUAUGAAAACCCAUCAGACUAUGGAACUCAAGACCCGUACCUUACGGCUGCGCAGUAUCAUCACCUUUACCCUUCUUCUUACCCUCCAGUUCUUCCAACUGGAUACCCGGUACAGGGUUAUCAGUACCCACCGUACCAGCAACCUCCUCCACAGCAGCAGCAGUAG